AUUCUUUGAAAGCCACCAAGAAGGAAGCUGCCUUCAAACAUUCAACGCAGCAGCAGCAGCAGCGUAUUUGGGAGUCAGCAUCCAGAAGGAGCCAUCGAACAACAACUUUGGAAACGGCGGAACGUUGUGAUCCCAAUACACAAGACUUAGAAAUUCAAAAUCGAUUAACUGAGUUAUCUGCAGAAUUCGCGUCGUUUACGAAAUCUCAAGGAGAUUUAGAUGCUACAGAUGAAACGGGAGAGUUAAUGAAGGAACGAGUUGAAUUGAAAAAUUCGUACCUUAGUUAUAUAUCUCAAGCACAAAAACUAUUGCAAUCGGUACAUCAACCACCUAACAUUUCACAAACAAACCCUGAGCGUGGGUUAAGCAAUACGCCGUCGAAUGUAGAAGGGCUUGAAAACGAUGUAAGCCUUCCAAAAUUACAUUUGCCUUAUUUUCAUGGAUGUUAUGAAGAAUGGCCGGGAUUCGCUGAUCAAUUCAAAUCUGCCGUAGACGAUAAUGUUAGACUAACUGACUGCCGAAAACUAAUGUAUUUGCGUUCGUGUUUGCGUGGUGAAGCGGCGGGUUUAAUUCAAUCGCUAGAAAAUUCAGCUGGUAAUUACAGAGCUGCUUGGGAAUUACUUGAGGAACAAUAUAAUAAACCAGCAGUGAUCGUUGCUAAUCACGUACGCGCGUUGUUUAGUUUGCCACAAAUUACGAAAGUAACGCACCAGAAUUUAAGACCAUUCUUAUCUGAUUUAAAAUCACAUUAUCGGGCGUUGAAAACACUGCAACAGCCAACAGCGGACACGUUAUUAAUAUUUUUAUGCUUAUCCAGACUAGAUCAAGAUACAAAUUUAAAAUGGAAAGAGCAUACUCGUGAAAAUGUGUUUCCAAGUCUGUAUGAAUUAUGUAAAUUUUUGCAUAAUCGUUGUCACGAUUUAGAGCUAUCGGGUCCAGCAGCUAACACGCGUCGCGUCGAAGUUUUUAAACCACGAAAUCCACAAUUUCAUUCCGUACCGCGACCUAUACAAAAUAAUAUCGCGAGUCCUCAGAGAGUGCACACAGUCGGACAUGCAUCGUGCCCUGUUUGUAAUGGUCCUCAUUUAAUUUAUAAUUGCGACAAAUUUACUGGAAUUUCAGUGUCACAACGUACAAAACUUGCGAUAGACAAUCGAUUAUGUCUUAAUUGCCUAAAGAAGGGUCAUUCAGUACCAACGUGCAAAAGUAGUGGUUGUAGAGUGUGCAAGAAACAGCACAAUACAUUAUUGCACACUGAUGCUCCAUUCGAACCACAACCUUCAACCAGUCGUGUUAACGUUACGUGUUUAAAUAACAUUACGGGUUCUCACGUUAUAUUAUCCACCGCACUUAUAGACGUUAUUGACAACAAUGGACAAUCUCAUCGUUGUCGAGUGUUAUUAGAUUCAUGCGCACAAUCUCACUUUCUGACAUACAGAUUUGCCAAAAGAUUAAAUUUAGCAUUGCAUAAAACUCAUAUUCCAGUAACAGGGAUGAAUCGCAUGCAUUCUGAAAUCAAAUACUUCACGAAGGCUCGUAUUCAAUCCCGCACAACUAACUUCAUGACUGAAUUAACAUUUCUUCUUGCAAAUCAAAUAACUGACCCUGUGCCGGAUGAAAAUAUAAAUUGCAAUUUCUUAGAAAUUCCUAAGAACGUGCCACUUGCUGAUCCUGAAUUUCAUAGAAAGGCGGAAAUUGAUGGUUUGCUUGGAGCACGAUUAUUCUGGCAUUUGCUUAGUGUAGGACAAAUUCAAUUAGCACAUCCCACAAUCAUGCUACGUAAAACAUUGCUAGGAUGGUUAGUGGUUGGCGAGAGCCCCAGUUCUAAGCAAAUUAAGAAGACUGUUUGCAAUCUAACAUUGAACUCAUUGGAUGUUCAGCUAAGUAAAUUUUGGGAACUCGAAGAAACACCACAAGUCAAAGUGAUUUCUGACGAGGAACGAGCUUGCGAAAACCAUUUUGUAAAUAACACUCGACGAGAGACAGAAUCGGGAAGAUACGUAGUAAAAUUGCCCUUUAAAAGCACCGUUGAUGGUCUAGGUGAUUCUUACAAUAUAGCCAUGAAACGAUUUUUAUCGUUAGAAAGAUCAUUUCAGCGUAAUAAAACUAUGCACGAACAUUACUCUAAUUUCAUGCGUGAAUAUGAAACCCUUGGUCACAUGACUAAGAUUGAAUUUUGCACUAAAUCAGAAGGAUAUUAUCUUCCGCAUCAUGCAGUCCAAAAGGAAGAUAGCUUAACGACGAAAAUUCGAGUUGUGUUCGAUGCAUCGGCGCAAACUUCAUCGGGCAUAUCAUUAAAUGAUAUUUUAAUGACCGGACCAACCAUUCAGGAAGAUCUUUUUUCCAUUAUUACUAGGUUUAGAGUGCAUAAGUACGUUUUAACUGCUGACAUUGCGAAAAUGUAUCGGCAAGUUAGGUUAGCGUCUGAAGAUCGACAUUUUCAUAAGAUACUUUGGCGCGAAAACUCCACACUUCCGAUAUCCACGUAUUUCUUGAACACAGUAACUUAUGGUACCGCAUCGGCAUCAUACUUAGCAAUUAAAUCACUUCAUCAAUUAGCAAAUGACGAAGGCGAGCAGUAUCCUAUAGCAGCCAAAAUACUCAAAUCAGAUUUUUAUGUUGACGAUUUGUUAACGGGAGCAGAUACGUAUGAAGAUGUUGUUUCAAUUCGCGAUCAGCUUGUUCAAUUAACCAAAAAGGGUGGAUUCGAAUUGAGACAGUGGUCAUCGAACGACCAACGGUUAUUACAAUCAGUUACAGCUAAUAAUGAAAAUACAUUCAUGACCAUCGUUCCCGAUGAACUUAGGAAAACGUUGGGUUUAUACUGGAACCAGGUAUAUGAUACCCUUGGUUAUACGGUAAAAGAUCGCGGACCACUGCGGCAGGUAACAAAGCGAGCCAUCCUGUCCCGUGUCGCGCAACUCUUUGAUCCAUUAGGGUUACUUGGACCAAUUAUCGUAAAAACUAAAAUUUUAAUGCAGAAACUCUGGCAAUUAAAAAUUAAUUGGGACGAGUCUAUUCCUGAAACAUUACAUUCAGAAUGGAGAAUUAUCGAAUCACAGUUAGGUAUUAUUAAAGAUUUAUCAAUGCCCCGUAGAAUUAUCUGUGAUCAACAUGUUCGUCUAGAAUUGCAUGGAUUCUGUGAUGCUAGUGAAAAGGCAUACGGAGCAUGUUUAUAUAUGCGUUCUAUAGAUAUUUCUAAUAAUUGCUCGACAUAUUUAAUUUGUUCUAAAAGCAGAGUUGCACCUCUUAAAGUUCAAUCCUUACCACGGUUAGAAUUAUGUGCUGCAGUUUUAUUGACUAAAUUAUUUAACGCUACAAUAGGUUCCCUCAAAUUAAAAAUAGAUCAACAUAUAUUUUGGACAGAUUCAACAAUCGUAUUACAUUGGAUUAACGCUUCUCCUCACACAUUAAAGGUCUUUGUUGCUAACCGUGUUAGUGAAAUACAACAAUCAACCGAUAAGGUUCAAUGGCGUCAUGUCCCAUCACAAGACAAUCCGGCUGAUUGUUUGUCACGAGGUGUGUCUCCAACUGAAUUUCUUAGCAAUAAUUCUUGGUUUACCGGUCCGCAAUGGUUACGAAAAUCUGAGGACAAUUGGCCAUUUAUUGCAUUGUUACCUGUCGAAGUGCCGGAGCGUCGAACCGUAAUAUCCCUUGCCACGUUAGGUACUACGGUUGAUACAUUUAUUGAGAGGUUUUCGUCAAUGGGGCGGUUAGAACGUACAACUGCAUAUUGUCUACGAUUUUACUACAAUCUCACUAAUAAGCCAAAACGGACAAGCUUACUUACUGUAGAAGAAUUGCAAAUCGCACGACAACGACUCAUAAAGUUCGUGCAAAAUACAGAAUUUGCUGAUGACCUAAAACUUUUAUCAAAUUCCAAACAAUAUUACAAUGGCAAAUUACGCAUGUUAAACCCUUUUAUAGACGAGAAUGGUAUUUUACGCGUAGGUGGACGAAUUAAACAUGCAACCACCACUUACGAUAAAAAGCACCCUAUAUUAUUGCCAGCUAAACACCAUUUUACUACACUAGUUAUUCGUCAUAUGCAUUGGCGACAUUAUCACACAGGUGUUUUAGGCACUUUAAACGCGAUUCGACAAAUCUAUUGGCCCAUCAAUGCUAUGCAAUCAGUCAAACAUUGCAUCCGUACCUGCGUACCGUGUCAUCGCGCGAAUCCAACGAUUUCGCGAUAUCAAAUGGGAAAUUUACCCAAAAAUCGGGUUACCUUAAACCGUCCAUUUUUAAUAACUGGCAUCGAUCAUUGCGGUCCAUUAUAUAUUAAAGAAAAACGCGUUCGCAACACCAAAACAGUGAAAGCUUAUGUAGCAGUAUUUGUAUGUUUCUCUACAAAGGCAGUUCAUCUUGAAUUGGUUGGUGAUCUCACCACAGAUUCUUUUCUAGCGUCACUUAAAAGGUUCUUCGCGCGACGAGGAAAGUCGUCCGACAUUUAUUCGGAUAAUGCCAAAACAUUUGUUGGCGCAGAUCGAGAAUUGCGUGAAAUUCAUAAUUCAUUCGAAAUCGCCAUUAAAGAUAGUAACAUCCAACAGUACGCAAUAAAUAAUAACAUAACGUGGCACUUUAUUCCGCCACGCGCGCCUAAUUUUGGUGGUCUAUGGGAAGCAACUGUUAAACUAGUAAAACGUCAUUUAUUCCGUACAAUCGGAAAAACUUUACUAACGUAUGAAGCCAUGACAACGUAUUUAACGGAAAUUGAAGCCAUCUUAAAUUCCCGCCCACUUAUUCCUUUAUCUACCGAUCCAAACGAUUUUACCGCACUCACACCUGGACAUUUCCUAAUCGGUGACUUGAUUACAAGUAUCAAUGAGUCAAGCGUUGCUACCGUUCCGUCCACCAAAUUAUCGAUGUGGCAACAUGUGCAACGAAUGAAAGAACAUUUUUGGACACGUUGGCACAAGGACUAUCUACACGAAUUAACAGUUCGCAGAAAAUGGCACACAUCCACGCCAACUGAGGUCAAGGAGGGUGCACUGGUCAUCGUACAUGAGGACAAUGUACCACCAUUAUGUUGGGCCCUAGGCAGGAUAGUUGCGUUACAUCCUGGUGACGACCAUAUCACACGAGUCGUGACGAUCAAAACCGUUGCCGGCGAAUAUAAGCGUAGCUUGAAAAAAUUAUCACUGCUACCGUUAGACUAG